AGCGUGACCAAAGGUCAGCCGCGCCGCCCGGUUCCGCCGUGCCCUGCCGCCGGGCGGGCUCGGUUCCUCCUUCGCCUGGGGCGGCAGGGGAAGCGCGGUGAGCGCAGCAGCGUGAGCUGUGCCCUGCUGGGGACAGCCCUGCGACAGGCAGCGCCAUGGCCCGGCGGGAGCGGGAGCGGAGCGAGGCGCAGCAGAAGCUGGCUGGCAUCUCCCGGCCCUUCUCCUUCCUGGAUGCCGCCCAGCCCCGAGCGGGCGGCCCGGCCCGCGGCUCCCACCUCUGGCCUGCCACCCUGGGCAGCAGGGAGCGCUUCCACACGCUGCAGAAGAUGGACGCCAACAAAAGCAUCAACUGGGGCAGGCACAGCCUGGGGAGCUGGGGCAGGACGUCGGGCAGGUUCUCCGGUAGCCCCAGCAGUACCCGGAGGAGGGAGCUGAAGGAAAUCCUCCUGCAGAGCAACAGCCCUGGCAGCACCAUGCGGUUUGCCACUGCCCAGAAGACAUCCAGCAGCAGCAGUCUCCCUGCAGGGCUGCACCACGAGCAGAAGCCUGAGCAGAGCCCUGAUCUGCUGCCGCUUGUCCUCGACCCCCUGGAGCACGCCUGGCUGCUGACGGUGGCCGAGGGUGAUGCGGACAGCAUCAUCAAGCUGCUGGACCUGGAUCCCAGCCUGCUGACCAGGAGAGACUUUGUGACAGGCUUCACCGCUCUCCACUGGCUUGCCAAGCACGGCCACCAUGAGAGCUUCAUCCAGGUCAUCUCCCAUGCCCAGAAGAAAGGCUACCCUGUCAACAUGAACAUCCCCACAGCCAGCGGCGGGCUCACCCCUUUGCACCUGGCUGCCUUGCAGGGACACGAGGUGCUCAUCAAGGUGCUGGUGGGAGCUUAUGGGGCAGACACCACCUGCAGGGAUCACAACGGGCGCAAGGCUUGGCAGUACCUGCCAGCAGACACCUCCAGGGACCUCAAGGAGCUGGCAGGGGCCUUGGAGGAGGACUUGGUCCAGCUGCACUCUCACAACACCAACAACAACUGUAAGUCAUCCGGAGAGGCUGGGGCAGGGCAGGACUCUGUGGACUCUGGGGCUGAGGGAAAAGCCCAGCACUCCUGGGGCCUGUCGACCCUGCGAGGCUUUGUUAGACAGGCCUUUGCUUUCUUCCAGGAGCGCUGAAGCUCCUGGCUCCAUUCACCGCUUAACCCAUGCUGGAUAGCAGCUGGAAAAGCCUGCAGGGACCUGGGAACUUGGCUACUCAAAAUCCUGGCCAAGUGAGGGACCAUGGCCACCCUGGGUCUUGUGGUCUUUUGGGGCUGUUCCAGUGUGUGUGUGUGGAGCACCAUGGCCAUUGGGAGCAGUACCUUGGGACAGCCCUUCCAAAAAACUGCCUGUCUGCAGAGGGGGUUGUGCCCCCUGCCCCCGUGGAUGGGGACUCCUUGCUGCAUCCCAGCAGAUCGCCAUGGUUGGGGCUCAAGUGUCAGCUCUGCUGUGGGGAGCUGCUCCAACCCCCUGCGUGCCCACAGGAGGAUGCUGACCCACCACGUGUGGAUCUCAUGCUGCAAACGCCUUCCAGCUCCCCGAGAUCUCCUGAUCUCUGCCGUAUGCACCUUCUCUGGGCUGAUGUUUGUUUAUGACAGCUGAUUAUAAAGCUGAUUCUCAGUAGAGUAAGAACUAAGGGCCCUGCUUGUCAGAAAAGUCCAGGCCAAGAGAAGCCUUUCUGAAUGCAAAACAACUCACACUGGCAGUCCUUCCCUUGAGAUCCCCAUCCCAGGAAGCCUGAAAUGCUCAGUCUCAUUAGGAAUGGGGGCCAGAGCAAAGGAAGGACACAAGGGGGGCAGCACGUGGUGGCUCCUGUGGGGAUUAGAGUUCAGCAACAGCUCUGGAAAGAUGAUUCAUUCUCAGAAACUGUGGAAAAGGUAUGUGAAGGCUGUGAGAUAAUUUUUAUUGCUACUGAGGUCAUGCUCAAAAAUGAAACUGAUGAACAUUGGUGCAGCAGCAUAACAGUGUGUGUAUGUCUCAGUCACUGCAUUAAAAGGGCAAAGCCUCUGCUCACCUGUU